GGGCCUGACAUGGAGUGACUGGCGGCCCCGAGGAGUGGGGAGGACGCGUUCACCUGCGCUCUCAGGCAGGGCUAGUGUGCGCACCACCCGGGAAGGGUAGCCGGAGUGGGGGACCCAGGGGGUGGUGGGGCUGGGGUGCCGGGAGGGACCAGGGUACAGAGGUAGGGAGGUGGGCUGGGGCGCAAAGCAGCAGCGGGGAGCACAGUGACAUGGCGCGGCCAGACGCUGAGGAGGGGGCGACGGUGGCUCCCGGGCACCCUCUUGCGAAAGGAUACCUUCCGGUCCCGAGGGACGCUGCGGCCGGGAAGGUGAGCGCAGAGCAGCAGAACGGGCCCAGAGCUGGCUCCCUGCUCCUGAAUGGGGUCCCCAGAGACAACGCCGCUGACCUCUCCGGAGCGCUUGGCGGGCCGCAGAUUCUGCUGGCGCCGGAAGAGGAGACCCAGGCCCGGCUGCUACCCACGGACGCGGGAGAGGAGACCCCGGGUGCCGAAGGGACACCGCUGCCCCGGACCGCGCUUUCCACGCGGCGCUUUGUGGUGCUGCUGAUCUUCAGCCUGUACUCGCUGGUGAACGCCUUUCAGUGGAUCCAGUACAGCAUCAUCAGCAAUGUGUUCCAGGGCUUCUACAGCGUCUCUUUGCUGCACAUUGACUGGCUGUCCAUGGUUUACAUGCUGGCCUACGUGCCUCUCAUAUUCCCAGCCACCUGGCUGUUGGACACCAAAGGCCUGCGACUCACCGCCCUGCUGGGCUCUGGCCUCAACUGCCUAGGUGCCUGGGUCAAGUGCGGCAGUGUGCAGCAGCAUCUCUUCUGGGUCACCAUGUUGGGCCAGUGCCUAUGCUCCGUGGCCCAGGUGUUCAUCCUGGGCUUGCCCUCCCACAUUGCCUCAGUUUGGUUUGGGCCCAAAGAGGUGUCCACGGCUUGCGCCACCGCCGUGCUGGGUAAUCAGCUUGGAACCGCAGUUGGCUUUUUGCUACCGCCUGUUUUAGUGCCCAACACACAGAAUGACACAGUUCUCCUGGCUCAUAAUAUAAGCAUCAUGUUUUAUGGAACAUCAGGUGUCGCCACACUUUUAUUUAUUUUAACAGCAAUUGCAUUCAAAGAAAAACCUCCAUACCCACCAAGUCAGGCUCAGGCAGCAAUUCAAGACAGUCCCCCUGAAGAGUACUCUUACAAGAAAUCAAUAAGAAACCUGUUUAAAAAUAUUCCUUUUGUCCUUCUGUUGAUCAGUUAUGGAAUCAUGACUGGAGCAUUUUAUUCAGUCUCAACAUUAUUAAAUCAAAUGAUAUUGACCCAUUACGAGGGAGAAGAGGUGAAUGCUGGAAGGAUUGGGCUAACACUGGUAGUAGCUGGAAUGGUGGGCUCCAUUCUCUGUGGCUUGUGGCUGGAUUAUACCAAAACAUACAAACAGACAACUUUGAUAGUUUACAUUUUGUCUUUUAUCGGAAUGGUUAUAUUUACUUUCACGUUGGACCUUGGUUACAUUAUCAUCGUGUUUGUUACUGGAGGGAUACUUGGGUUUUUCAUGACUGGUUACCUUCCCUUGGGUUUUGAAUUUGCUGUUGAAAUUACUUACCCUGAAUCUGAGGGCACUUCGUCUGGUCUUCUCAAUGCUGCUGCACAGGUGUUUGGGAUUUUGUUCACAUUGGCUCAAGGAAAGCUCACAACAGACCAUGGUCCUAAGGCAGGAAACAUUUUCCUUUGUUUCUGGAUGUUUUUAGGCAUCAUUUUAACAGCAUUAAUCAAGUCUGAUCUGAGAAGACACAAUAUAAAUAUAGGAAUCACGAAUGUUGAAAUUAAAGCUGUGCCAGUUGAUAGUCCCGUAGAUCAAAAACCAAAAACGGUUAUAUUAUCCAACCAGCCAGAAUCAUCAAUUUGAAGUUGAAAGAAAAAGUUACUGUCCCUCAGAAAUUGGGAUACAGCCUGAUGAUCUUUGGAAAGAUACAUGGACAGUAAAGCUGGGUUUAUUAGUGGUGGAAAUGGAUAUUUACUUGAAAAUUACUGUAUGAACUGUGAACAAAUGGUUGUUGUUUUGCUGGUUAAUUUAAGUAAUAUUUUGCUUAAAAUGUUUUUGCUCUGCAUCAUGUUUAACACUACCAUUUACCUAACUAAUGUCCAUUUUCAGUCAUACAUCAUGCCUGAAAGUAAACUUCUUGACAUUUAUUCUUUCAAAAGUGUUUUUCUUGUAAAACAUGGAAGCUUAAAAGACUUUCUAAAAUGAUAAUAUGGGAGUCUUGUCCUUGUAAUGCAUAUAAAUGUACAUAUAGUUUAUAUAAAAAAUAUUCAGUGGGACCAAAUACACAAUCUGUUCCUAACUAGCUACCUUUCUACUGUGCUGACCAGCUAUCCGGGCCACCACAGUGAAUGCAAUAUACCAACAUGAUGCUCCUAACCCACUGAAGGACAGUAUUGGGAUCUGGCAUCCAGAAGACUGCUAAGAUCUCUUCCCAUUUCUUAUAUUGUUACAAAGUGUGUUGUAACAGUAACUGUCAAUGACCAUAAAAACUGUUCCCUGUGCAGAUGCUACCAUAACCUUGGUCUAAGAAUCAUGCUCUAAUUAAGCUAAGGAGUUCAGACACAGGCACAUUGAGUUCUUUUCUGUGCUGCCUUCUUAUCAUGAGUAAAUGCUGACACUAUAUUUUUUAGUAUCCCUUGAAACAGAGUAGUUUUAUACCCAGUGUCCUUUUUUACUCUCUUCUUAUUUUCAAUAUAUAACUUUCUAGCAAGAAAAUUUUAUCAUAUGUGUUACUGGUUAUCUCAUGAUUUCUUGUAUCACAUCCUAUAUUUUUGCCUUGAAGAUUCCUAAGAUAAGGAAAUCUAUAAUAACUUCAGAUAGCCCGGGUAUCCCCGUGUCGUGGAGACCUCUUAGAUGCUAACAGCUCUAAUUUUUCAGUGUCAUUUUUGUGAUCAUUCUCCUUUGAGGAAUACUGUGCCCAGGCACACAUUCCAUUGAUGUGCUGAGGGAGCGGAUUCUUUUCUCCAUCACAGAGUGUGGGUAGUCAUCACUCUGUUGAAACAGUCUGCUCUUUUACAAGCUCAGGGUAAGGAGAAUAGGACCAAAUGUGUUUCCACAGUGCCUACCACUGUGUUUUGUUUACAGUGAGAGUUUAAAUGUUGUUGAUGUCCUGACUCAAGCUUAUAGGGACUGUCUUUACAGUAAUGCCAUUUAUCAACCAUAAUUUUUACAUUAUGCCCAUAUACACAAAAAAAGCUGAUCAUGUGAUGAAUAGGCUUGAAGUAAUAACAGUUUUGAUUUAAGUGAAAUAUAUGCAUUGGUUUAUGUUCUCUGUAAUCAAAUGACUAUGAAUUGUGUGGAAUCUGACCUGAGAGAAUGUGUUAUCAAAACAACAUAGCUAAGAAUCAAAAACUCUGGUUCUGUGUCCCAGAUCUGCUUCUGUUUGUCAUUGUCACUCUGGACAAGUUGCUUAACAUCUCUGGGUGGCAUUUUCCUGAUCCAUGAAAUGAAUGUGUUCAAUUUGAUUUUUUUCUUUUUUCUUUUUUUUUUUUUUAAGAGAGAGAGGAGAGAGAGAGAGAGAGAAUUUUUUAAUAUUUAUUUUUCAGUUUUCAGUG